GCUUCGCCUGCACGUUGCGCGGUAUGGGGCAGAGCCUCCGGUCCGCCAGCACCACCUGAGGAGCCCGGAACCUGCCGCCGCGAUGGAGGACGACCAGGAGCUGGAGAGAAAAACACAAGGAUCGAAGACCUCAGUGGCUGAAGGCGAGAGGAAGACUGCCCUGGAAAUGGUCCAGGCAGCUGGAACAGAUAGACACUGUGUGACAUUUGUAUUGCACGAAGAGGACCAUACCCUAGGAAAUUCUCUUCGUUACAUGAUCAUGAAGAACCCAGAAGUGGAAUUUUGUGGUUACACUACGACCCAUCCUUCAGAGAGCAAAAUCAAUUUACGCAUUCAGACACGAGGUGGUCUUCCAGCCGUUGAGCUGUUUCAGAGAGGCCUGAAUGAGCUCAUGAGUGUCUGCCAACAUGUGCUUGACAAGUUUGAGGCAAGCAUAAAGGACUAUAAGGACCAAAAAGGCAAUCAGAAAUGAGUCUACAUUCUAGCCCCUUAUGCACCAUAUGACAAGGAUACUCUAGGAUAUUUUCUUCACGAUCAUGCACAACCCAGAAGUAGAAUUGUGUGAUUAAAGCAUGAUCUAGCCUUCAGAAAGGUGUGCUUCUAGCUAUUGACCCAUUGCAGCUGUUGGAUUCCCUGCAAGUAUUUUUGUAUUCUCUUGAAUAAAUUCCCUCUUAUUUAAA